UCGAAAACACCAGGCGUAACAUGAGCGCAGAAUUAGUUAGAUGUUUAUCCACCAUACAAACUUCUGAGACAGCAGAGCCUGACGAGGUCCGGGCCACCGAGAAAGAUGAGAAGAGGAGACGCACCUCUUUUGAAGCAACAGUCAAGUCCUUGCCUGGGAAAGAACAUGCCUCGGCAAUUCCCGAAGGUAACUCUGAGUGAGGCAGAAGAGGAGAGCCAAGUGUUAACAGAGAAAGUGUACGCAUCAGCGCUAAAGGAAGAAGACAACAAGGAUGCCUUAUCGAUGUUCUCUGUGUCAGAGGACUGCCCAAUUGGCCUUCAGCAAGCCAAGGAACAUGAACUGCUUAAGGACCUUGCAGAGCAACAGUCAGAGCUAAGUACCAAGAGGAAAAAAAGCUUGAAGAUGAUUCGUUCCCAUUCAAUGUUCCUGCAAAUCCCAGUGAACACGGAUUGUACCCGGUCAGUGGCAGUCACGCCGUACCUGUCCCCCAGCUCCACCUGCUCAUCAGUGCCAGAAAACUGCCCUGAUUACCAGAGGGUCACUAUUAGUGGCGAUUACUGUGCUGGAAUCACACUGGAGGACUAUGAACAUUCAGCCAAAAGUCUGUUUAAGGCUCUGCUUAUUCGCGAGAAAUACUCAAAGCUUGCCUAUCAUCGAUUUUGCCGAACAACAGCCCAGUUCCUCCGCAGCGCUGAGAAUAUGACGUGGAGCGAAGAAGAUGAAGUCCUUCCAGAUAUGUGCCCGUGUCCAACCGGUGGAGAAGAUCCCUACAGCACUCAGAACAUCCCGGAGAAUCUGAACUAUGAACUGAAGAUGAAGGAUGGGAUAGUGUAUGUGUACGACAAUGCAGAAGCACUGAGGGAAAACCGGCCUCAUGACCUUCCUUACCCAGACUUUGAGACCUUUGCCAUAGACUUCAGUCACGUGCUGGCAAUGAUUGCAGAUGGGCCGACGAAGACAUACUGCCACAGACGACUCAACUUUUUGAGUUUAAAGUUCUACCUCCACGAGAUGCUCAAUGAGAUGGCCGAGCUAAAGGAGCUCAAAUGUGUGCCUCACAGAGAUUUCUACAAUGUUAGGAAGGUGGACACGCAUAUCCAUGCCUCCGCCUGCAUGUCCCAGAAACACCUGCUGACCUUCAUUCAGGAAACAUAUAAGGCUGAUGCCGACCGUGUGGUGUUGGAAAAUGCUGGACAAAAGAUGACCCUCCAGCAGGUUUUCCACAGUCUCAACAAGGAUCCCUAUGACCUUACCGUGGACUCUCUGGAUGUACAUGCUGGCAGACAUACCUUCCACCGUUUUGAUAAGUUCAACUCAAAGUAUAAUCCAGUCGGAGCCAGUGAACUUCGAGAAAUAUUCCUGAAAACGGACAACCUCAUGGACGGAGAGUAUUUUGCUCGCAUCAUAAAGGAAGUGUCCCAUGACCUGGAGGAGAGUAAGUACCAGCAUGCAGAGCCUCGCCUUUCCAUCUAUGGACGCUCUCCAGGGGAGUGGCACAGUCUGUCAAAGUGGUUUAUUCAGCACAAAGUACACUCUCCAAACAUGAGGUGGAUCAUUCAAGUUCCCAGAAUAUAUGAUAUUUUCAAGGCAAAGAAACUGGUACCCAAUUUUUCCAAGAUGCUGGAGAACAUAUUCCUUCCUCUAUUUGAGGCGUCUGUUAACCCACAGAACCACAAAGAAAUUCAUGUUUUCCUGAAAUAUGUAUCAGGGUUUGACAGUGUGGACGAUGAGUCCAAACACAGCGAUCACAUGUUCUCCUUCAGGAGCCCAAAGCCAGAACAGUGGACUGCAGAAGAAAACCCUCCAUACAGCUACUACGUCUUCCACAUGUAUGCAAACAUCAUGGUCCUCAAUAACCUCAGAAAGGAGCGUGGACUGAGCACCUUCCAGUUACGUCCCCAUUGUGGAGAAGCUGGAUCCAUCACUCACCUGGUCUCUGGCUUUCUCACGUCAGACAACAUUUCCCACGGUCUCAACUUGAAAAAGAGUCCUGUCCUGCAGUACCUGUACUACCUGGCCCAGGUUCCAAUCGCAAUGUCUCCUCUCAGCAACAACAGCCUGUUUCUGGAAUACUCCAAGAAUCCUCUCCCAGAGUUCCUGCACAAAGGUCUGUGUGUGUCCCUGUCCACAGACGAUCCCAUGCAGUUCCACUACACCAAGGAACCACUCAUGGAAGAGUACGCUAUCGCAGCUCAGCUGUGGAAGCUCAGCACCUGUGAUUUGUGUGAAAUAGCCAGAAACAGUGUGCUGCAGAGUGGACUGUCGGACCAGAACAAGAGGCACUUCUUGGGAGUGAACUAUCUGAAAGACGGACCCGAAGGGAACGAUAUCCGCCGGACCAACGUCGCCCAGAUCCGCAUGGCCUACAGACACGAGACACUGUGCAAUGAACUCAGCUUCAUAGUCGAUGCGGUGAGGUCUCAGUAUGAAUAAAAUAGACCUUGUAUGAGACAA